AUGCAGUUAAACUCCCCCUGGAGGACGACGCCUGGCGAUUUGCUUCCUCCUUAUUCUCGGAAGUUUGCCAGCCUUCCUCGAUACGAUACAUUAUUUCAGAACCCCGGCAGCUUUUCCGAUCCCUCAUUAUUUACUCCAUCCUAUCUCCGCAACUCCCGAUACAUCGCUCGCCUCGAGGCCGCUCGCCGAACAAAGCUCGCUUCUCAACGAGAUGUUCCACCUUCCGCUUCUACUUCAAACCCUCUCUCGACUUCCUCUAGCCAUGCAAGCUUGCCUCGUAUAGCUCCUUCCCAUCGUGGGAUGACAGCUCACAAACGGGGGCUUGAGAUCCGGUAUCCCGGUCCGGCCAACAAGCACGAUCAUGAGGCUGCCGCUGUCCGUGCUGAUCACCCCAUGCCCCCGCAGUGUGGCAUUUAUUACUUUGAGAUUACGAUUCUAUCAAAACCUAAGGAAGGGAUGAUAGGAAUCGGGUUCUCGAGCAGCAAAGCGUCCGUUGAGAGGCUGCCCGGGUGGGAGCAAGAAUCUUGGGCAUACCACGGUGAUGAUGGCAAAUCAUUUUUUGGGGAGAAUCAGGGCCAGGGACGACCGUACGGCCCGACGUUUGGUGCAAAUGAUACUGUCGGGUGUGGUGUUAACUUCGCCACCGGAUGCGCUUUUUUCACCAAGAAUGGCGUCUUCCUUGGAAAUGCCUUUAGGGAAUUAAGAAAUUUAAAAGUAUAUCCCUCUGUGGGGAUGAAGAAGCAACCACCUGUACACUUGGUCGCCAAUUUCGGACAGCAGCCGUUCAUGUUCGACAUUGACGGCAUGGUCAAAAGAGAGAAGUUCUCCAUUCAUUCGGAGAUCUACGCAACAAGCACGGCCAACUUACAACCACCGCUUGAUGAGAACGCUUUGCUUCAAGAAUUAGUCGCACAGUUCCUGGCUCAUGAAGGCUAUGUCGACACCGCUCGGGCUUUCUCAGAAGAGGUUGCUGCGGAGUCAGUGGCUCUGGAGAAUGGUCGAAAAGAAACCCUCACAAAGUAUGAAGUGGAGGAAGGACUUGACGCGAUCAACCGACAGAAAAUUCGUGCUGCUAUACUAGAGGGUGACAUCGACAAGGCUCUCAAGUAUACAAAUGCCUACUAUGGGAACGUUCUAGAGAGCUAUCCUCACAUUCAAUUCAAGCUACGGUGCCGGAAGUUUUUGGAGAUGAUGCGGCGCUGCAACGAGCUCUCCUUGACAGCGUCGAGAAAAGGCAAAGCGUCCAACGGACUUUCCGAUGGCAGUGCGGUGUUCGACCAGGAGAUGGAACUUGAUGAGCAGUUACAGGAAGGUGACGGCUGGGAUACCGAGGGCAUGGAUACCGAAGAGUCCGAGAACUCAGGGAAGUUCCACGAGCUUCUCACCGAAGCGGUUCAAUACGGGCAACAGUUACGCAUGGAUUAUCCAAACGACGAGCGAGGCGGCGACAAGAAGGUGCUGGAUGACAUCUUCUCAUUGGUUGCCUAUCAGGAUCCGAAACGAUCAGUGCACGGCCACUACCUUGAUCCUGCAGGACGCGUAGCUAUUGCGGAAGAACUUAAUUCUGCCAUUCUAGUGUCACUAGGGAAGCCAUCUUCAGCCGCUCUGGAGCGGCUCUAUCAACAGACAGAGGUGCUUGUCAACGAGAUUAGCGAAGAGGGCGGCGCUGGGGCGUUUAUCAAUGUGCGCAAUGAUUUUUUGCUUUAG